CCUCCGGUUUCCGUAAGGGGAGGGAUUUCCCGCGGCGCGGGAUAAAACCGGGGCGGCGCGCGCCGCCCGGCCGAGUCCGCUUCAGUCCGCGCGCUAAACCGGGAGAGGCCUCGUCGUCUAGCACUGAAAUCGCCAUGAUCCCCGAAAUCGAAGAUUUGGAGUCCUUCAAUGCAGCCCUGGAAGAGGCUGGAGACAAACUGGUGGUGGUGGACUUCACAGCCGCGUGGUGUGGGCCCUGUCAACAGAUCGGCCCUAUAUUCCUUGCCAUGUCAAAGAAACCAGAAAACAAGAACGUUAUUUUCCUAAAGGUGGAUGUGGACGAGGCGCAGGACGUGGCGUCACAUUGUGGAAUCAAAUGCAUGCCCACAUUCUUCUUCUACAAGAAAGGAGAGAAGGUGGACGAGUUCUCCGGAAGCAACAGUGAAAAGCUUGAGCAGAAAGUGGUCAUGCUGAGGACAUGAGCCCCAGCGUCAGAGUCCAGCACACCUCGCCGGUAUGAAGGCAGCAAGGACCACCACUGCCGUUUCUUAAACGAAUCCAAUUUUUUUGCUGAAAAUAAACUGUUUUUCUAUUCCAUUACAACUACAGUCACGUUCCCUCAUUUGUCACCGUGUAGACCCGAAAUACUAAACGCAACUCAGUGUUUAUGUCCCAUGUCGGCACUUAGCUAGGAUAUGCUCAGAAACUCGACAAAAUAAGCAUUUUAAUGUUUUAUAUAUCUCACAAAGUUUUUUUUUUCCUGUAUAUUGUUUCAGACUAGGUGGUUUAAUAAAUGAGAUGGAGAUGGGUAACAAA